AUGGUGUGGUCUGGUAACUUGCACAAUGUUCCCCUGGACCCCAUUCGCGCCAUGUCUUGUACUCUAUGCACCUGCAUCUUACAUGGUUUUCACAUACACACACGUCCCCGCCCCCGGAAUCUCGCGGAUUUGAUUCCACUCCCCGGCCCCCUGCGGGAUCUAGGACGGAGGUUUGAAAUUUCUGCUGUGGAUUGA